AUCCUUACCGCAAAUUUAUCGAAUUUUCUGGGUUCAUAGAGAAGAGAGAAAAUCGCAGUCUAGGGUUUCCGAAGAACAGCUUAACAAACCGCACACAAUGAUUUACGACGUUAACUCACAUCUCUUCCGUUCGUUCCUCAGCCAGAAGGGUGGAGCUGCUGAGAAGAGGAAAACUGAGGAGCACAAGCCCAAUCAGCAGAGACCCAAGGCCAAUGAGAACAAGCCUGUGAUGAAUGAGUAGGUUUUGAGCUUGGUGGACAAUCAUUCGAAGGUAGCAUGAUGUAACAGCUAUAGUGAAUUGUUCCUUGUGUAGCGAUUAAAACUUUGAAAAUGGAAUCAGCAAUGGAGUAGAACGAAAUUAAGGGGUGUUGCCCAGACUCUUUUACUUAUAAGCAAAAGUUCUUGUGUGUAAAUGCCACCUUUGAGCUUGUAAUCCUCGAGAAGAUUUGUUGAUUUUGAAAAUCUGGUUUUUGUACGGUUCCAACUCCUAA